UUUCUCUCAUUCGCGGCAGUACAAUACGGCGAUAGCACGCAUUUGGAUUUUGACGUGUGACAGCAAACAGCUGCGGCCAAAUUCGGUUGCAGAUUGAUAGUGUAUUGAAAUAUAGACGUUUUGUAAUGAAACAGUGAUUGAAAUGGCUGAAAGUAAAGGUGCGUUGAUCGCGAAAACAGUGCAAAAACAUGCCGGACGGGCAAAGGAAAAGCUCCUUCAAAACCUGGGCAAGGUAGAUCGGACCCUCGACGACAUAUUCGAAGAACAUCUCCAGAACUUCAACAGGCAGCACCAGCAGGCCACCAGGCUUCAAAAGGAGUUCAACAACUACAUAAGAUGUAUACGAGCGGUGCAAACAGCCUCCAAGACCUUGAUGGAAGCCAUCACGGAGGUGUACGAGAGCGGGUGGUCCGGCCACGACCUGCUGUACGUGCAGGCGCAGAACUUGGAGAUGCUGUGGCAGGACUUCUCGCACAAGCUCGGCGAUCAAGUGCUCAUACCGCUCAACACCUACACCAACCAGUUCCCUGAAGUCAGGAAAAAGAUCGAGAAACGUGGUCGCAAGUUGGUGGACUACGACAGUCAAAGGCACAGCUUCCAAAAUUUGCAAUCGAACGCGGCGAAGAGAAGGGACGACGUUAAGGUUACUAAAGGCAGGGAACAGCUAGAGGAAGCCAAACGCACAUACGAAGUGCUAAACUCUGAGCUCCACGACGAACUACCGGCUUUGUACGACUCCCGAGUGCUAUUCUACGUCAAUAAUCUACAAACACUGUUUUCGGCUGAGCAACUGUUUCAUUCUGAGAGUCACAAGGUAUACGGCGAGCUGGAAGCGAUCACAGACAAGUUGGCCAACGAGUGCCAGCGCGGCUCGUACAGCAAGAAGCCCGUCAGCAACAACAUCGCGGCGGCCGCCGCGCCCGCCGCCAACACGCACAACGGGAAGGCGGACCACUGCGACACCGUGCAGACGCCGGUCGCGGCGCGCGGGCCGCCGCCCGGCCUGCCCGCCGUCAACGGCGCCGCCUCCCCGCCCUCGCCCGGCGCCCCGCCCUCGCCCGCGGCCACGCCCUCUCCCUUCGGCGAGGAGCGCGACUCGCCCGAGCGCGACUCGGCCCCGCCCCCCGACCCCGCCCCGCCCGCGCCCGCCAAGCGCGAGGACAAGCCCGCCGCGCCCAGACCCAACAACAACAACAACAUCGCCGACGACAAGGACCUGCCCGACAAGAAGGUCGAGGAGCUCUACGACAUACCCGUCGGAUCGCCUGUACCGCCGGAGAAGUCAAAUAAUAACUCGGAGGAAAAGAGACAAGUAGAUGUAGUUGAUGGAGCGAAAGACGAGAAAGGAAAUGAGAACAACAAGAGCGAAGAAGUGUACGACAUACCCGUCGGGGCCACGCUGAGCAACCUGCCGGCGGGCGCGCUGUACCGCGUGCGCGCCACGUACCGCUACACGCGCGAGGACGAGGACGAGCUCAGCUUCGACGUGGGCGAGCUCAUCCGCGUCGUCGAGUACGACGACCCCGACGAGCAGGAGGAAGGCUGGCUGAUGGGCAUAAAAGAAUCGACCAAUGAGAAGGGAAUGUUCCCCGCGAACUUCACGCGGCCAAUAUGAAGCCCUCGCCGGCGACCCGAGGCAGCCGAGAGUGUGACGUCAUGACGUGCUAACUCAUAUCAAUGUAGGUAUAUACCGGGCUCCACGAACUUUCUUCUACAGUACGAUUUUGAUUUUAUUAUAAUCAUUAAUCAACAUUUCGUUUUAUCUAGAUAACGAUACAAAAACUAUGUUUAUAACUUAGUAUAGUUGUUGAAUGUUAAUAGAUUAUAUAUUAUUUAUUAUUUUGUGUUGUAUUACAACGAAUUUUGAUAAAUCGUAACCCUUUAACAGCGUUUGUAUAUACAAUUUAUGAGUAAUUUCGUAUCAUCAUUUAGUCACUGUUCGGUAUAGGGUUAACAUUUCUUUGUCUUAUAUUCCAUGUCGCAAGGAAACACUGAGAACGUCAAUAAAGUUAUAUGUUACGUUGUUAUGGUCUUGAUAUUAUAAUAAUAUAUUAAUAUCAGAUUAAUAUUGCAUGUGAGGCUCGACCCUCAAGUGUUUCCUUACCAACAAUUCUGUAACAAUAUUUAUGACAAUAAUCUAAAUGAUUAUUAAAUUGUAUAAUAAUAAAUAAAAAUCAAAAUUGCUCAUAUAAUAAAUAUUUUAUAUUUAAAGUGACCUUAAAAUUGAGUAUAUAAAUUAUAAAUGAUUGACGAACAAUUCGGAUUAGUAUUUCAAUUAUCAAAUAUGUAUUCAGUAUUAUUUUAUUAUUUAUCUUUAUAUUUAUUUGGCAUAAUUAUGUCUUCUUGAUCAUUGAAAUUUAAUUAUUAAAAAUAUUGAAUUGUUUUGAAUUUUAAAUUAAUGCUACUUCGAAUUAUUCAAAAGCAUUAAAUUAUUAUUACAAUUUCUAUUAAAUUAUUUGAGAUUAUAUUAUUAAGUAUUUGUAGCAUUUUCAAGCAGCUUUUAUUUCAUUCACUGUUCAUUAAUCUGUCAUUAUUAUUACAUUUCCGAUGCGCAUUUCAUUCUAAUUUCGUUAUUGCAUUUUCAAAUCAAAGUCUUAACAUUUAAUCAUUUUAAAAAGUUAAGUUUUAAUGUAUAUAAAAUUGAUUUUACCUUUUUUGUUGAUCCCAUAUUAUCUUAUUGUUAAUAUAACAUAGGGACUAAAUCAAUCGAAUAUUAUAGAUUUUGAAUAAACUACUUUUUGUUUAAGUAGAUUUAUAUUUUUUGUUAAAUUUAACUGUAUUAGAAGCAGAUACUAACUAUGUAACAGUAAGCUUGUGAGUUACAACAAAACAUUGUUUUCGAACUGAAGAUGUUUAUUAAAACAAAUUUGAAUGCUGCCAUUAUAUUACUAUUAUUAAUUCGCUCAAAUUUGUAAAAAGUAAUAAAAGUGUGUGUCAAAAUUACAACUUGAUGCUGUUAUUUAUUUCUUCUAAAUGUCUUCAGGUUGAAAUGAAAUGAUACCGGACUAUUUGUACCCAGAACAAACAUUGAUAUUAACGCCUGUGUCAAAUGAGGUGCUUUGAAAGUGUACAUAAUUUAUAAUUUAUGUAUUUUACAUUUUAAUCCCAUAUUUUUAGAAUAAGAUGGUUUGAAUUGUGUUCCAUUUUGAAAAUCAACUUCCCAGAAUGUUUCCUGUUGCCAACAUUAUAAAAAAAUAGUUAGGCAACACUGACGAUUAAAACGUUUAUCAUUUUAACUUUUGUGAGAAAGGAACCUCUGAUAAGUCGUGCCCCUUCUGUGUGAAAUUUAUUAUUGUAAAUUAGUUUACUUGCAAUGUUGUUAUUGUGACGGGCCACUUUACGUAUUGCCAGCAUUUACAGCUGCUUAAAUAAUGUAGCUCCGCCUUUUUGUCGAUCAUAGAACAAUCAAAUUUUAUACAAUUUUUGAAAGACCUAUUGACCUUAUCAGAUUUUAAUAUCAAUUUUACGAACGACUGAAGUUUUUGUAGACAAGUGUUGAAAUGUUGCGAUGUUGUGUAGGAGUACAACCCGACAUGUUGAAAGUUGUGGCUUUAUCGUCAGUGCCAUGCAAUGUCCAUAUGUAAUGUUAAUUUAUAAGUUUGUUAGGACUUGUACAGUUUUUACAAGUGGAAAAUAAAAUAUUUCGAAAA